AUGUUGCUUUUCCAACUUUUCAAUAGCCACUGGCUCCGUUCUAUUUCUUGCACAACCACUCCUCCAUCCCCAAGCCAAAAGUCAUCCGUUACCUCCUGGUCAGAAGAAAGGCCACACAAACUGAUUUCGAGCAGGAAGAAAAGGGGAACAAAGACGGCUGCUACUGAUCAGUUUCUUUUUUGUUUAUCUCCAUUCUUCAAUCAUAGCAACCCUGUUGUGAAGAAGAAGAAGAAGAAGAAGAAGAAGAAGAAGAAGAAGAAGAAGAAGAAGAAGAAGAAGAAGAAGAAGAAGAAGAGGAAGAGGAAGAGGAAGAGGAAGAGGAAGAGGAAGAAGAAAGAUAAGAUUGCUUUUUGGAGAAGGGAUCCCGAAGGAUAUGACAUGUCAUCCGAUCUGGACCAAGCCCUACUCCUCUACUUUGAUGGGCAGCAAGCUAAGACAUCAAUUCAAGAACAACAACCGCAGACUCUCAACAUCUUCCCCUCCCAGCCAAUGCAUCAUAUCGAGCCAUCUCCAAAGGGUUCCAUGGCUUCUUCUUCAGCGGCGGUAGCACAGGUCGCUGGCCCUUCCAAGAACUCGCAGGCGCCGUCGUUGAAGGUGGGAGGCGGGCCGCUCGCUGCCGGCAAGAGCUCCAAGGCAGCAAUCAAGGCUUAUAUUCAGCAGCUAGAGUCCGGCAGGAUCAGGCUGGCACAGCUAGAGCAGGAGAUGCAGAUGGCAAGAACUCAUCAGGGUGCACUAUGGGGUGCAGGAGCGCUAAGCCCAGAUGCGGCGAUGUUCAACCUGGAGUACGAGCGGUGGCUGGGGGAGCACAGCAAGGUGGUGGCCCGGCUGCGGGCCGCCGCGGAGGAGCACCGGCCGGACGGUGAGCUGCGGGCGUACGUGGACGAGGCCGCCGCGCACUACGGCGCGCUGAUGGGCCACAAGGCCCGGCUCGCUGGCGCCGACCCACUCCACCUCCUCUCCGGCCUCUGGAAGGGCGCCGCCGAGCGCUGCUUCCUCUGGAUCGGCGGCUUCCGCCCCUCCGAGCUCAUCAAGGUCGUGGUCCGGCACGUGGAGCCGCUGGGGGAGCAGCAGGCGGCGGGGGCGCGCGACGUGGAGCAGGCGGCGCGGCGGGCGGAGGAGGUGCAGGACGCCGAGCUGGAGGCGCUGCUGCGGUCGCUCUCCGAGGUCGUGUCCUCGGACGCGCAGCCGCCGCCGCCGCCGGGGAUGAUGUACGGCGGCCAGCUCUACCAACACCCGGCCGACGUGGCCGCCGGCUACAUGGGGAUGGGCCACAUGCAUGUCGCCCUCGCCAUGGACAAGGUGGCCUCGCUCGGGACCAUCCUCAGACAGGCGGACGAGCUGAGGAUGCAGGCGUUGCACGCGCUCCGGCAGAUCCUGACGGCGAGGCAGGCGGCGCGCUGCUUCAUCGCCGCCGACGACUACUUCUGCCGCCUCCGAACGCUCAGCACGCUCUGGACCACCAGUCGGACGGGCCAGUUGGCUAGAGGCCCGGCCGGGUAG